AUGCUCUCUCCUCCUUCAUCCAAGAUCACACGCCUGACAACAUCUCCAGUUCCCUCCCAGCACCAGAGUCAUCUUUGCUACUAUUUCAUUGCAGUAACGUCCGUCGAGGAAGCAAAUGGCGGUUACUCUGAAGCUCAGGAUCCUCGCCGUGGCGGCAGCCGCCGCCAUCAUGGUCGGCACGGUCUCCGCAGCCGAUGGACCAGCUCCCGCACCGGCCUCCGGCGCAUCGGCUGCUGCCCCGGCUGUCGCCAUGGCGUCCCUGACUGCGCUCAUCUUCGGUUACUUCUUCUGAGGCAAUGUUAUCUUCAGAGCCACUGCAUUGAUCCAUAUAUGGUCGUUACUCACUCCAACGGAGGCCAGAGAGCAUUUGGUUACUGGGUCUACUCGAUGGGAGACGGUAGCACGAGAUAUUUUCAACCGAUUUGGAUGGCGUUCAUAUAAUAGGAUAGACAUGUAGUGCUCUUGUCUUCUUAUGCCAGCCGGUUGUGGCUUUGCCUAUUUUAUUUCAGCUCUUUUGGAGCCUUUUUCUUUCUUUCUUUGUUCAAGACUUGACGACUUAUGUUGGAUAUUUUGCUUAUUAAUAAUA